CAUCAUGUCGAAAGUGAUCCAGAAGAAGAACCACUGGACUAGCAGGGUUCACGAAUGCACCGUAAAACGGGGACCCCAGGGAGAGCUGGGGGUGACGGUGCUGGGGGGCGCGGAGAACGGAGAGUUUCCGUAUGUCGGAGCGGUGACGGCUACCGAAGCGGCGGGGCUUCCCGGCGGCGGCGAGGGCCCUCGGCUGAUCGAGGGCGAGUUGCUACUGGAGGUGCAGGGGAUCCGGGUGUCCGGCUUGCCCCGCUAUGACGUACUGGGAGUCAUCGACAGCUGCAAGGAGGCCGUCACCUUCAAAGCCGUCAGACAAGGAGGAAAGCUGAACAAAGACCUGCGACAUUUUCUCAAUCAGAGGUUCCAGAAAGGGUCGCCUGAUCAUGAGCUCCAGCAGACCAUAAGAGAUAACCUUUACCGCCAUGCUGUGCCUUGCACAACCCGGUCUCCCAGAGAAGGAGAGGUGCCUGGCGUGGACUAUAACUUUCUGACUGUGAAGGAGUUCUUGGACCUCGAGCAGAGCGGGACUCUUCUAGAAGUCGGCACCUAUGAAGGAAACUAUUAUGGGACACCCAAACCUCCUAGCCAGCCAGUCAGUGGGAAAGUGAUCACGACGGAUGCCUUGCAGAACCUUCACUCUGGCUCCAAGCAGUCGACCCCAAAGCGAACCAAGUCCUACAAUGAUAUGCAAAAUGCUGGCAUAGUCCACGCGGAGAAUGAGGAAGAGGAUGAUGUUCCUGAAAUGAACAGUAGCUUUACAGCCGAUUCUGGUGACCAAGAAGAGCACAGUCUCCAAGAAGCAACACUCCCACCUGUGAAUAGUAGCAUCAUCGCUGCUCCCAUCACGGACCCUUCUCAGAAGUUCCCUCAAUACCUACCUCUUUCUGCAGAGGAUAAUUUAGGUCCUCUACCUGAAAACUGGGAGAUGGCCUAUACCGAAAAUGGAGAAGUCUAUUUUAUAGACCACAACACAAAAACAACAUCUUGGUUAGACCCUCGGUGCCUGAACAAGCAGCAGAAGCCUCUGGAGGAGUGUGAAGAUGAUGAAGGGAUCCAUACGGAGGAGCUGGACAGUGAACUAGAACUGCCUGCUGGUUGGGAAAAGAUUGAAGACCCUGUCUAUGGUAUCUACUAUGUAGACCACAUCAACAGGAAGACACAAUAUGAGAACCCAGUCCUAGAAGCCAAACGGAAGAAGCAGCUGGAGCAGCAGCAGCAGCAACAACAGCAACAGCAACAGCAGCCAGAAGAAUGGACAGAAGAUCAUUCAUUGCUUGUGCCUCCUGCUAUUCCAAACCACCCCCCAAGUAAUCCGGAGCCAGCCAGAGAAGCUCCACUUCAGGGCAAACCCUUUUUUACACGAAACCCUUCAGAGUUGAAAGGCAAAUUCAUUCACACGAAGCUGCGGAAAAGCAGUCGUGGCUUUGGCUUCACAGUUGUUGGAGGGGAUGAACCUGACGAGUUUCUGCAAAUCAAGAGCUUGGUCCUAGAUGGUCCUGCUGCCCUGGAUGGCAAGAUGGAGACAGGAGACGUAAUUGUGAGCGUGAAUGACACCUGUGUUUUGGGACACACGCACGCACAAGUUGUGAAAAUCUUCCAGUCCAUUCCCAUUGGUGCCAGCGUGGACCUUGAACUCUGCCGAGGUUAUCCGUUGCCUUUUGACCCAGAUGACCCCAACACAAGUUUAGUGACUUCAGUGGCCAUUUUGGACAAAGAACCAAUUAUUGUGAAUGGGCAAGAGACCUAUGACUCACCAGCUAGUCACAGUAGUAAAACAGGCAAAGUCAGCAGUAUGAAGGAUGCCAGGCCAAGCAGCCCUGCGGAUGUGGCUUCAAAUGGUUCCCAUGGUUAUCCCAGUGACACUGUCUCUUUGGCUUCCUCCAUAGCCACUCAGCCGGAACUCAUAACUGUUCAUAUAGUCAAAGGGCCAAUGGGUUUUGGUUUUACUAUUGCGGACAGUCCUGGGGGUGGCGGCCAAAGAGUGAAACAGAUUGUUGACAGUCCAAGGUGCCGAGGCCUGAAAGAAGGGGAUCUUAUAGUGGAAGUUAAUAAGAAGAAUGUGCAGGCCCUAACUCACAACCAAGUCGUGGACAUGCUCAUCGAAUGUCCAAAGGGAAGUGAGGUCACAUUAUUAGUGCAACGAGGAGGACUGCCAGUUCCCAAGAAGAGCCCAAAGUCGCAACCACUGGAAAGAAAAGACAGCCAGAAUAGUUCCCAGCAUAGUGUCGCCAGCCACCGAAGCCUGCACACUGCCUCCCCCAGCCACAGCACACAGGUGCUGCCCGAGCUCCCACCCGCCGAGGCCCCGGCUCCAGAUCAGACCGACAAUUCUGGGCAGAAAAAACCAGAUCCUUUUAAAAUCUGGGCCCAGUCCAGGAGCAUGUAUGAAAAUCGACCUAUGUCACCUUCGCCUGCAUCGGGAUUGAGCAAGGGUGAAAGAGAGAGAGAAAUCAAUUCCACGAAUUUUGGAGAAUGUCAGAUUCCGGAUUAUCAAGAACAGGACAUCUUCCUCUGGAGAAAAGAGACCGGAUUUGGAUUUAGGAUUCUGGGUGGCAAUGAACCAGGGGAACCUAUUUAUAUUGGUCACAUCGUACCACUGGGUGCUGCUGAUACGGACGGCCGUCUGAGGUCUGGGGAUGAAUUAAUCUGUGUGGAUGGGACACCAGUCAUUGGAAAAUCACACCAGCUUGUGGUCCAGCUUAUGCAACAAGCCGCCAAGCAAGGCCACGUCAAUCUAACAGUGCGGCGUAAAGUGGUGUUUGCGGCCCCCAAAACUGAGAACGAGGUACCCUCGCCAGCCUCAUCCCAUCACAGUAGCAACCAGCCGGCCUCGCUGACGGAGGAGAAGCGGACCCCGCAGGGCAGCCAGAACUCCCUGAACACGGUGAGCUCAGGCAGUGGCAGCACCAGCGGUAUUGGCAGUGGCGGUGGCGGCGGCAGCGGUGUGGUGAGCACUGUGGUCCAGCCCUACGACGUGGAGAUCCGGCGCGGCGAGAACGAGGGCUUCGGCUUUGUCAUCGUGUCAUCGGUGAGCAGGCCCGAGGCCGGCACGACGUUCGGUCGGAUUAUUGAGGGGAGCCCUGCUGACCGCUGCGGCAAGCUGAAAGUGGGAGACCGGAUCUUGGCAGUAAAUGGAUGUUCCAUCACCAACAAAUCCCACUCUGACAUUGUCAACCUCAUCAAGGAAGCGGGCAACACAGUCAGCCUCCGCAUCAUCCCUGGGGAUGAGUCUUCGAAUGCCACUCUGCUGACCAAUGCAGAGAAGAUAGCCACCAUCACCACCACACACACCCCUUCGCAGCAAGGAGCCCAGGAGACCAGGAGCACCACCAAACCAAAGCCAGAAUCUCAGUUUGAAUUCAAAGCACCCCAGGCAACACAGGAGCAAGAUUUUUACACUGUGGAGCUGGAAAGAGGAGCCAAGGGAUUUGGUUUCAGUCUUCGAGGCGGUCGGGAGUAUAACAUGGACCUCUACGUUCUGCGCUUAGCAGAGGAUGGUCCUGCAGAAAGGUGUGGGAAGAUGAAGGUUGGUGAUGAAAUUUUAGAGAUCAAUGGUGAGACCACCAAAAACAUGAAGCAUUCUCGGGCUAUAGAACUGAUUAAGAAUGGUGGCCGCAGAGUGCGUCUGUUUCUGAAGCGGGGAGACGGCUCGGUCCCAGAAUAUGACCCCAGCAGCGACGGGAACGGCCCCCCCACCGGUCCACAAGGUGUUCCGGAAAUGAGGGCUGGGCCCCCUGACCGCCGACAGCAUCCAUCAUUGGAGUCCAGUUACCCACCCGAUCUUCACAAGUCAUCACCACAUGGGGAAAAGCGGGCACACGUGAGAGACCCCAAAGGCGGCAGAGAGUAUAGCAGACAACCCAAUGAACAUCACACAUGGAACGGAACUUCUAGAAAACCCGACAGUGGGGCUUGCCGACCCAAGGACCGGGCACCCGAGGGACGAAGAGACGCCCAGCCCGAGCGGAUGGUGACCAACGGCCCCAAGAGGAGGUCCCCGGAGAAGCGGCGGGAGGGCACGCGCAGCGCUGACAACACUUUGGAGAGAAGGGAGAAGCAGGAGAAGAGGAAGGAGGUUUCCCCGGAGAGGAGGCGAGAGCGGUCCCCGACCCGCCGGAGGGACGGCUCUCCAGGCCGGCGGCGGCGGUCUCUCGAGAGACUCUUGGAUCAGAGAAGAUCGCCCGAGCGCAGGAGAGGAAGCUCGCCCGAAAGGAGAGCCAAAUCCACCGACCGGAGGCGGACCAAGUCCCCCGAGCGGAGGAGAGAGCGGUCCCUGGAGAAAAGGAACAAAGAGGACAGAGGCAGCCACCGGGAGAGGGACGAGACGAGCCUGAGACAGGACGCCGGCCGGAGUUCCAGACAUCCCCCGGAGCAGCGGAGAAGACCUUACAAAGAAUGCAGCACCGACCUCAGCAUCUGAGAGCCUGCGCCGCGUUCCCAGCCUUUGCCAUGUCAAAGGUUCGAAGAGGAAGCUCUCAAACCUGGAGUCAUUUAGUUUCCUACCUAAUGAAACAUCUGACGCC